GUUUUUUUAGCUAGCCUGUUUAUUUUACAACCCCACUGAUAGCGGUGCUGUUCAACUUACCCAGCAAAACAUAGAUAUGACACUAGCUUCCAAUGAAUUAGUGUUCAUAAAUUUUUAUGCUGACUGGUGUAGAUUCAGUAAUCUCCUCAUGCCAAUUUUUGAUGAGGCUGCAGAUGCCAUCGCCAAAGAAUUCCCCGAAGCGGGGAAAGUGGUAAUGGGGAAAGUAGACUGUGAUAAGGAAAGUUCGGUGUCCACAAGAUUUCAUAUCUCUAAAUAUCCUACCUUGAAGAUCGUCCGGAAUGGUCAACUUGGAAAGAGAGAGUAUAGAGGAGCAAGAAAUGUUGAGGCAUUUAGUAGUUUUAUUAAAAAACAAUUAGAAGAUCCUAUCAAAGAGUUCAAGGAGUUACGAGAACUUGGAGAGCUGGAGUCAAAUAAAAGGAUCAUAAUCGGUUACUUUGAUCGACGGGAUCAACCGGAAUAUAACAUUUUCCGCCGUGUCGCAACAAAUCUUAAGGAUGACUGCCAGUUCCAUGUCGGCUUUGAAGAAGCUUCUCGUCAAAUGCACCCUCCAGGUGAACCUAUAAUUGUCUUCAGACCAGACAAGGACCGUUCCAAUGAUCUAGACGAGACCUAUCCAGGUUCUCUUAAAAAUUUUGAUGAGUUGCAUGUCUGGGUUUCAGAAAAGUGUAUGCCACUAGUGAGAGAAAUUACAUUUGAGAAUGCUGAAGAACUUACCGAGGAAGGUUUGCCCUUCCUUAUACUUUUUCAUUCUCCUGAAGAUAAUGAGAGUGUUAAGCGAUUCAAUGAAUUGGUCCAGACUGAAUUACUAUCGGAGAAACAGUCUAUAAACUUUCUAACGGCCGACGGCAAGAAGUUCGCCCAUCCACUCCACCAUCUAGGCAAGAGUGAAAAGGACCUACCUCUAAUUGCCAUUGACAGCUUUCGUCACAUGUAUAUGUUUCCUGAUUAUAAAAACAUUGAGGUUCCUGGAAAACUAAAACAAUUCAUCCAGGACCUCUACUCUGGCAAAUUACACAAAGAAUUUCAUUACGGGCCAGAAUCAGAUACAGAAAAGGAUAAGGAACAACCUACCACUCCACCAGAAAGCACUUUCAGAAAGUUGGCGCCUUCGAAAAAUAGAUAUACUUUGUUAGGAAAAGAUGAACUGUAAUUAUAAUUUUUCAGUAAGUUAUUGUGGUCUUCAGUCUUUAAAAUAAAAAACUGCUUCUAUUGUUUAUGUUAGCUAAACUUUUCAUAAACAAAUCUUUGCUGUACAAACAAUAUUAUUGUAUAAAAUCGCCGUGAAAUAUUUGGAUCAUAUUUAUUUGUAUUAUUCCUAAUUGUGAACAUUUAAGGAACAAUGGUCAAUGUUAAGUUUGUAAAAAUUUUUGAUUUUUUGUUUAUUGCAAAAGUGAAAUUGAAUUGAAAACGUUCACAUCACUAGUAAGUUUAAAGACAUCUCAAUUAAACAUCAAAUUUUUAGUCAGCUCUCAUAGUACAGUAUGAUGUUACCUUGAUCAGCAGUAUUGCUUGUCUGGGACCCCAUAGAUUGGACAAUUACAUAACAAAAUACCAUAAAAUACAAUAAAAAGAUACUUCAACAUAGUUGAAGUUUUCCAGUUGUUAUUCGCUCAUAAGUUCUUUGAAACGUCUCAAAAAUGGAAAAUAAUUCAUUCAAGUGUCACUAUUUUCCGGGAAGGCUGUCGAUUUUUAGAAUUUCUUUCUGACGAUUCGCUGGCCCGGACAGGAAAAAAUUCUAACAAUCCGAAAAAUAGUGACACUGAACACCUCGGCCGCGAAAACCUCAGCCAUUUUGUUAACUCAUUCAAGGUUACUCACAAGCACUCAAAGACUUUUGCAACUUGUGUCUGGGGAGCUUUUAGUGAAAUUAUAUGAAAUGAAUUUCUCACACUAAAAAACUAACUUAUAAUCUCUUGUUUUUCAAAUCCAGUAGACUUGUUGAAUUCAAGAAUUGUUUUCUACUGUAAAUUGAUCCUUGUUCAAUCUUCAGUUGGUAUUUUCUUCAAAUGAGAUUCGAUAUAUCUUUUCUAUUCUAGAAAUACUCUUGAGAACAUUCACAAAGAAAAUUCAUGACGGUAAAUACAAAUGAUGAUGGGGACUAUUCAAAAAUCAAUAAAUACUACACGCACGCGAUUCUAAUUUACUUUUCGCAAUAAUUCUGCCACUUUUCGAACAGAAAGCGAGAUCAAUUUUCUUGAUGACCGCAUGAUUAAUUUUGACUUUUCUAUCCCUAAGCAGAAAAUUUUGGGCAUUGAUUACUUGUCAUAUAAAAAUAUUCCAACUGUGUAGUUUUUUUUGCAACCUUCAUUAAGAGAACUUUUUGUCUUACAACUGUCUAGAACUUUAUGCUGAACUUCGUUUCUGAUAUAAUCACGACGUUUCGGCAAGAUCAAACGUGCCAUAUUCAUGUGCUCUGCUCUGCACGCCACAAUUACGUAGACUGUAAUUGUGCCGUGGAAUGUCCUGAUUGUUCGGCGUCGUUUAUGCUUAUAUUCAAAACCAAGGCCAGUAUAUCACCAAUAGCAAACGCAUUGCCCAGGACAAUAAUCAACCAGAAUGCCUCCCACCAAGCAUGCAUAAAGCCGACCAAUAAGGACAUUCCACGCCACAAUUACAGCCUGCGGCAUCGUAUAAAUGGACGAAGAUGACUUCAGUUUCAAGUUCAGCUACCAAGCAGAACAUAUGAAUAUGACAAGUACGAUCUUGACAAAACGUCUUGAUUAUAUCAAAGAUGGACAGAUGUACACACGGAGUAACAAUUCAGCAUGAGAUACCAUCCGUGAAAGACUAUGCCAAUAAAACAUUGACACCUGUUUUUGGAUAAAUGGCCUCAUCAGUUCAGGCAAAGAAGUGCAACACCUGUUUGCCAAAAACUGUAGCACGGGGAGCCAACCGCACAUCUACAUUGUGUUUGUAUACGUAUCGGCCAAUCCUUACCCUCAGUCAUAUCAUUCAGUAGGUUAAUUUUGUAAACCAGAUGCUUAAAAAUACAGUUUAUGUGAACGUUUCAGUUUAUUUGAAGAAGAUAUAUGAAAUUGUAUAGGAUCAGCAGAUUUGUGAAAAUCACUGCUGGUUAUGAUGUAUUGAGGUGAUUCAAAACCAGUAAUUCUGAUGUAAUUUUGAACUGCAGAAUAUUUUAUGUAAAUAAAUAGUUGGUUUUAAUAAACUGCACGUACUAGAUGUCAUCAGAAUGAACUCCAUAGUUUUAUACUUUUGUGAAAGGGAUGCAGUGAAUGGAGCAUUUUAAUGAGUUGCUUCAAUUUAUAAUAGUAAUGAAAUUCCCAGUGUCAACUAAGUGAAUCUUUUUAGUUGGUAGUUUUUCGCAAAGUUAAUCACAAAAGUUGAAGAUUACAUUUGUAUUAAUUCCA